GAUCUGGUCGGGGAUUUGGUAGCCGAACAUUUGGUGAAACUACUCGAGUGACCGGUUCCUCCAAAUAGUACGUCUGCUAGAAAAGUCUAGUUAGAUAUACCAUUUAGCAUCGAAGGUAUGCCUGGUACUGGCCAGCUCCUCCGCCGCGAGUCCGUACUCUUUGUUACCGUGGCUAUGGAGUACCUUCACCAACUAGACAGUAGUUCGACAAACCCUCUCCACUCAUACCCACCGUCUACUCCAUACCUUCACAUCUGCAGAAACUUUUCCGUGGCGCCCGCUUUGACAUUCCCUGAAGGGCAGAAGCCACCGCGCCCUUCGUCUCGCUGUCAUUCAAAGGGCGUGACCGGGGGAGCCAAUCAUCUCUUCUAUCUGCUUUUUUUGAGAUGCUAUAUAGAACUGCCGACCAGUUACUGAAAAAUGUUAAUUCAAUUGUUGGCUAAUAAAGUCGUAUUGACUAUGGACUGUUCUCUCUUACUUUGAUUCAUCCUGCGUUGACCCACUAUCAACUGGCUCC